AUUCUUAUAAUUUUCUUUAGUCGUCAUGGUUUUUUUAAGAAUUUCUUCGAAAGUAAUGGUAAAAAUCAUUAACCAGAACUUAAUGGAGGAAAGAGAAAGUGGGUGAUGUCUCUAAGAGAAGCGUGGAAGAUUAUUUUCUCAAAGAAUUUUGUGGCAUUGGAGAGCUCAUUUACCCUUGGAGGUGUAUCGUGUUGCGGUGAGAUAAACACUUUGUGUUUCGUGUAUUUGCAUCUUACCGGCAAGGAACCUAUGAUCGUGGGAGAAUAAACCUAUGUUUGGAUAUAAAGAUUGAAAAAAAGCUUUGGAAAUCAAGAGAAGGCUGCUGUACUGGAUUAAGCAUUACUUUAAGAAUCUCCAGUGGAUUUGACGGCCAGUAUGCGAGUAAACAUUUGAUCCAGCUGAUCAUCUCUUCGACAAAAGACUGACACUAUUCUGCUAUUUCCGGAGAAAUAUAUUGUUCUACGGUACAUUUUGCAUCUUAGGAUUGUUCGAUCGUUUCAGUUUACAACAGGGAUCCAUUGUUUAACAGUCUGAUCAUGCGAUUCAAGUUGAAAAGAACUUGUAAAUGUUUGGGAGCGUUAUUGAUCUGUACUAUUGUUUAUCUUUUCGUAAACUGCGGGUUUGGUGGUUGUGCGAAAUAUAAACUCGACCCCAUCCACGUGGCAAAUUCGCACCCAGAGCUCGGUGAAAUGAUCAAGAUUGAGGAUUUCUGGACACCGGAGAAGGAGAAAUACACUCCCCGAGGGCCAGGCUCUUUUGGGGAGCCCGUAGAAACAGAGGCUGGGAGUGAACACUUGAAAGAUAGUGCUUACGCGGAGUAUGGCUUUAAUCAAUAUAUUAGCGAUAAAAUUUCCUUGGAACGUCCGCUCAAGGAUACAAGGCAUUUUGCAUGCAAAGAACGUAAAUAUCCACAUAAUCUCCCCAAAGCUAGUGUAAUCAUAGUUUUCCACAAUGAAGGUUGGUCCACAUUACUGCGAACAGUUCACAGUGUCAUAAACAGGUCUCCUCCACACAUGCUCCAGGAAAUAGUAAUGGUUGAUGAUUUUAGUGAUAAAGCACAUCUAAAGAAGAAACUAGAAGACUACACAAGAAAACUAGGAAAGAUAAAAAUUGUCAGAACUAAUGAAAGGGUUGGACUGAUAAAGGCUCGAUCUAUUGGUGCAAGUAGUGCCAUCGGUGAAGUUGUUCUCUUCCUUGAUGCACACUGUGAGGCUAAUGUGGGCUGGCUCCCUCCUCUGCUUGAAAGGAUAGCCCUAGAUCGAAGAACGGCAGUGUGCCCUACUAUAGACUUCAUAGAUCAUAACACUUUUCAAUACAAGCCUAUGGACCCUUACAUUCGAGGAACCUUCAACUGGAGAUUUGAUUAUAAAGAGAGGCCGGUGCGUCCAGAACAGAUGAAGAAGAGGAAAGAUCCUACACAAGAAGUUAGGUCUCCUGUUAUGGCUGGUGGGCUGUUUGCAAUCAACAGAGAGUUUUUCAGUGAGCUGGGACAAUAUGAUCCAGGAAUGUUCAUCUGGGGAGGAGAGCAGUAUGAAUUAUCAUUCAAGCUCUGGCAGUGUGGUGGCCAACUUGAAAACAUUCCUUGUUCCCGAGUGGGACAUGUCUACAGACAUCAUGUCCCCUAUUCAUACCCCAAGGCGGAUGCCACCCUUAUAAACUUUAAGCGCGUAGCAGAAGUCUGGAUGGACGAGUACAAGGAAUGGCUAUAUGACAAGAAGCCCGAACUUAAAAAUGUCGACCCUGGAGAUAUCAGUGAUCGACUUGCCCUGCGGAAAAGGCUCAAAUGUAAAAGUUUCAAGUGGUAUAUGGAGAAUGUGGCAAAUGAUACUGUCAGGUCGAUUUAUGAACCUCUCAAGGCUAACGGACCGAUUCGAAACCCAAGCACCAAUCUUUGCCUGGACUCUAUGGGACGGAAAGCUGGAGGGGAGCUAGGACUAGUAACUUGCCACGGCAUGAUGGGAAACCAGGCUUUCCAAUAUACAUUUCUGGAUGAAUUCCGACAAGAUGAAGCGUGUUUAGAUGUAAGCCAAGGUCACAGUGGAGCCAAGAUAACACUUUAUGGCUGCCACGAACUGAAGGGAAACCAGGAGUUUAAAUACACCAAGGAAAAUAAAUUACUCCAUGUGAUUACCAACAACUGCGUGACAGCGACCAACAAAGGUUAUCCAGUUAUGGAACGUUGUGAUAACAUUCCAGAGCAGAUAUGGGAAAUUCAACUGAACGAUCUCUCUAAACUUACUACUAAAAGACCUCCUUAGGUGAUCAAGUGAAUGGUUUGAUAUUAGAAUAUUAGAGUUUGGUAAUAUUUUUAAGGUGGAGGAAAUAGUAAUAAUUUUACUUUAGAGUGAUUUCCGCGUCCUAACGUCAAUUUUGCGCAAUUGAAUGGGUAGAAAUGAAAUAGGAAAUUAAAUUUUUUUUUUCAUGAAAAAAACACGAUUAGAGAAAAAUUCUUAUGUGCUCGUCUACUAAAUUGUUUGAUAAAAAAUUUUAGAAUGCACGAUUGGGUUGGUAAGGUAUAUUAACAGCUUAUUAUAUUUGUUAUUAUCACAUGACCCGUAGGCGCUGCACGCCUAGUGAAAGCCGACGUGUGUAGGGCCGGACCGGUUGACGUGAGCCGGUCCCGAAAAAGCCGUCCGGCCCUGCAAUCACACGGCUUUGGUGCAAAAACUUUAAAAAAGAGAAAGAGAGAAAAAAGUUGCGUUUUUUGAUGAAUUGUUAGUUUCUUGCUCUGACGCGAAAAAACUUAGGAAAAGAUUUCAGUGUAGUAAUAGACGGAGAUUAUGAGUUGCGAUGCAUCAAAAAAAAAACAAAACAAAACAAAACAAAAACAAAAAAAAAACAGAAAAAACCCCAAAAAAACCAACAAGUGAGCGCAGCGAAGAAGUGAGUUUUUGAUGCAUCGCAACGAGUGAAUAAAAGUCGUUCAAUUACUUUCCAUGAUAUGAUGCUUUUAUUUCAUAAAUACUGAGAUUUUUUUUCUUAGUUACCAACACAUUUCAAAUAUUGGAAUUGAACGAAUGUGGGAAUGCGUCGUUCGUUCAAUCAGAGACACGAACGAUAGUAUCUCGCAGUGUAAAUCUCUGUAUAUAUGAAAUAGUCUUUUCUGUAGCCGUCUCGAUUGCUCCUGUCUAUCGCGUCCUAUUCAGGUUGGAAUAAAUUUUUGAAAUUUUCAACCCUUAGUGCGCUCGGUCCGUAUGUCAUGACCUUGAGCUGUAUACCUUUUCGAUCAAAAUAGAUUUUAAUUUCUCCAAUUGCCGCCCAUGACUUCUCAUCGUUGAUUAAUGAAUAAAGAA